AUGUAUCCUCCAUAUAUUCGGUGUUUUCGAGUAAUUUUAUUAUUAGUAAUAGUUUUUAGUAAUAAUGUGAGCAUUGUAAAAGGACAAGAACCACCACAAUUUCCAUUCAGUAUAGCGCAAUAUAUUCAAAUUACGGAUAGUUUAGCGACUUUAAGACAGAUAUUAGCUUAUCCAGGAUUAAUCGAAGUAUUUACAUUAUUGGAUGGAAAUGCAUCAUUUUCACCAACCACCGAAGAACAAAAGAUAACAUUAUUCGCACCAUCAAAUGAAGCGUUACUUUCAUCAGGAAUCGAUUUCGCAAAUGUUGAAUUUAUGUCAAAUUUAAUCAAAUAUCAUACAGCUUCAG